AUGGACAUCCUCCCCCGCCGCCUCCUCUUCAUAGCCUCAAUAGGCAAUCCAGCGCCCUACCACAACACCCGACACAGCGCCGGCCACCUCCUCCUCGACGCCUUAAAACCACUCCUCGAAGUCACCCUCCCAAACACAGGCCUCUACUACGAAACAUGGCAAAGUCCAUCCCUCAUGAAUGUAACAGGCCCAAAACUCGUGCGCCGACUAGAACAAUGGGCAACCGAACGAGCAAACCGUCUUGAAAGAAUCGCCAGCGUUGCCGCAACUCGUGCCUCCGCCUCAACCCCAAACAUCCCCACACAAACUACAUACCCAACAACCCUCAUCAUCCUCCACGACGAACUCUCCAUUGCCCAAGGCAAAGUCCGUGUCAUACGCGGCGGACCUGAGACAUUUAGUUUGCGCGGUCAUCGCGGUCUCGUGAGUAUCUGUGAGACGCUGCGCAAGAAGGGGCUGUAUCCGCGCUCGUCUAGUCCGAAUAAGAGUGUUUCCGGGCCUUUGGCGGAUCUCUCAAUCUUGCGCGUUGGUCUUGGUAUUGGUCGUCCGGCGUCACAUGAUUCUGGUGCUGUUUCGGACUAUGUAUUGAAGACUGUUACUGAUAAGGAGCUUAAGUCUUAUCAUGCCGCGGCGAUGCCUGUGGCGCAGACUAUUCGGGAUGAGCUUGUUAGACCUGCGGGGAAGGUCUGA